AAAAAAAAAAAAAAAAGAAGAAAACAACACCGAAAUAUAUGAAUAAGAUUUCGCCAAAUCCAUUCAAAAAAUUCAGUGGCGAAGAAAUUGCGCUGAAUGCAAACUGUAAAAAUCGAAAUUUAAAUCCAAAAACAAAAAGAGGAAAUCUGUGGCUGUGUUCAGCGUAUAAUUAGGAAUUUCACCAUAAUAUUCCCUUUUUUCAUCUAUUUUUUCGCAAAUUUCCAACCCAAAAUUUACUCGUUAAAUAGAAAAAGGCAACAAAUAUCAAUCUCCUCGCCAUUUUGUCUUCCUUCUUCUAAUUGUUUGAAUUUUAAUCUUUUUUUCAUCCCAAUUUCAGUUUCUAUGCGUACGUCUUAAUGUCAUUGUUUUUGUUUUUAAAUGAUGAAGUGUUGAUUGUUAGAUGGAGAGUUUUUAAUUUGGUUUGGUUUUUGCAGGGGGAGAAGAAGGUGGACGAGUUGGAGAUAAUCGACAAAAAUGGCUAGUGAAGCUGUCGCCAGUGGCGGUGCCGGCGGCGGCGGAGGUGCUGAUGAGGUUGGACCAGCAUCGGGGUUGUCGUCGCCGAAUAGUAGGAUGAAGUUCUUGUGUAGCUAUGGAGGGAAAAUCUUGCCGAGAACUACCGAUGGCCACCUUAAGUACGUCGGAGGCGAUACGCGUGUCAUUGCGGUUCCAAGAGAUAUUAGCUUCUCAGAGUUAAUGAAGAAGCUUCGCUCAGAAUUUGAAGGGGACAUGGUCCUGAAGUACCAAUUGAUGCCUGAUGAGCUUGAUGUCUUGGUGUCUGUAAGAAAUGAUGAGGAUAUGAAACACAUGCUUGAUGAAUAUGACCGCCUUGAAAGUGAAGGAACUGCAAAGCUUCGAGUUUUCCUGUUCCCUUCUGAUCCUGUCAUAAUUGAGAACCAAAAUGCUCCCGUAGACCCUCACACAAUAGAACAACGCUACAUCGAUGCAGUCAAUAACACAGUUCGUACAUUUGCCAGUUAUAGGUCUUCCCCUAUCAAUGCAAGUAGCCCCAACCUUUCUGCUUGUUCUUCUCCAAAAGGCAAUUCCCCUGAUAAAUAUCAUAGUUCUUCUCUUAUUGUUGAUGGUUUGCUACAUGAACCCAAUUUGAUUAAUAACCAUCACAAUACUAGACCUUCUAUGGCUAGAGUACAUAGCUCUCCUAGUCUCUACAAUCUCGGUACCUCUUACCACCAAACCAACAACAACCACAGCAGCAAUCACCAUUUCUAUCAGCAGCAGCAGCAGCAGCAGCAGCAGCAGCAACAGCAGCAUCACCACCAAUACUAUCAACAGCACCAGCAACACAAUUCAUAUGGCUACCCCCCACCUUCUAGACCACCUCAUGACCCUCACUUGUUAACAGCAACUGUGUCAUUUGGACGGAUGGACACAGGGAGGGCUCCUGUCGGUGGUAUUCUCCCAAAUCAAUAUUAUUCUAAUGUACAAAAUAUGGGGAAUUCAAAUGUACAUAAUAUUUGGAGUUCAAAUGGACAUAACAUGGGAAGCGGAAACUCCACCAGACGUUAUGAUCAUUCCAUAUGGAUGUAGAACAAUCAAGAGGUUGGAUACUAUUCCUUUUGAGUCCCAGAAUAAAAACUGGAGUAGAGCAUACUUAUUUGAAGACUUCAAAGAUGGUACAGAAGUUUUUGUUUGCUUUUUUUUUUUUUCUCUAUUAUGUAAUAUUGUUUGUUAUUCCUAUACAAAAAGUAAAGGAUAAAAGAAAUAUACAUGUUUACUAUUUGUUUUGGGUUUAGUUGAAUAGGUUUAAAUUGUUACUUGUGAAGGAAUUGUGGGAACCUUGCGGAAUGAAGAGGCUACAGUUAUUAUAUUUUAUUGUCAGAGAAAAAUGUUAUUUUCUUC